AUGCUUCCCGCCAGCCGAAUCGCUGCCGUCGCACUCUCCAAGAACCUGGCCGCCAACUGCGCGCGCACUACAUCAGUGGCCUUUGUCCACAUUGAUAGGCACAACCCCCCAGGCAUUGGGGAAAAGCACGAGCAGAUGAAGAUGAGCACGGAAAACAUGGAGCACCGCAAAGAUGCCAUGACCCAAAAGGCAAAGCACAUCAAGGAUAACGUGACCGACUCGAAUAUGGGCGAGACGAUCAAGGACAUCAAGGAGAACCUUGGCGACAAGGUCUACAACGCAAAGGAGUCCGUCAAAGAAACUGCGCAAGAGGCCAAGGAGGCAGUUACCGGAAAUAAGACGAUGGGCGAAAAGAUGGGGGACCUGAAGGACAAGGCCGUCGAGAAGGCCCACGACGCCAAGGAGUACAUGAUGGGGGAGAAGAGCAUGGGCGAGAAAGCCGAGGACUUGAAGGACACCGUCAAGGGAAAGGCCCACGAGAUGAAGGGCUACGGCAAGGCCAAGCUCGAUGAGGCCAAGGACAAGGCCGAGGACGCGUACGACCGCAGCGGAAAGACGGCCAGCAGCACGAUGGAGCAGGUCAAGGAGAAGGUCGCUGAUACGUACCAGCAAGCCAAGGAAGUCGUUGGCGAAAAGGUGCAGCAGGCCAAGGAGGUCGUCGGCGAGAAGGUGGACGAGCUGAAGACGAUGAUGGGCGGCAAAGAAGUGAAGGCGAACCCGAACGAGUUUGUUCCCCACUUCGAGGUCAUGGAGAAUUCCUACUUUGACAACAUUCACGAUAUUGACCGCAUUAAGGGCCAGGGGCAACCGGGGCCAGCUGCGCGUCAACCGCGCACCAAGAAUCGCCCGGAUGGCCUGCAAGAGGAAAGCCACUUCGAUUAUGAUCUGACGAUGGACCGCGGAGAUUCACAGCGCACCCAGGAGAAAGUGCAACAGGCCCAAGAAGACCCACACUUGCAGGAGAAGCUGAAGAAGGAGACUGAGAAGCGCAGCAAGCUGGCGGAUCCGGAUCCGGAGCAGUUUGUUCCCCGCAAAGAAAUGGCCGACAACGCCUACUUCGACCACCAGCAUAACACUGAUACCAUGCAGGCAAAGCAGGAGGGCCUUCUGAAAAUGUCGCUCUCCGAUAUCCUCCGUGAGGAGCUGGAGAGGCGUCAAAUUUCCCUCGGAGACCUGUCCGGAGAUUUCUCCGCCCACAUGGAGGUCACCGAGAACCAAUACUUUGACGAUAUCCACAACGUUGACGAGAUGAAGAGGGACCAGACGCCGGGCGAGGAGGCUGACGCCGAGUCGGAGCGCGCCGGGAAGAAGAUGGACCCAUUCAUGACGGAGAAGUCGGGAGAGGCACACCUGAGGAAG